AAUUUGUGUCCUACGACCCAAGGGAUGAACGUAGGCAAAUUGAAGAGAUGUUUGGUAUAACACCUGGUGUUGGAGAUGAUAUUUUCGGCGAUGUCUCGUUUGAAUUACCAAAAAGCCCAGAAGGAGGUGAAUAUGAUAUGUUUGGUUUACCAAAGUUAGUGGAGGUGACUAAGAUGCCACUUUCUCGGUCCCCCGUAAAACCAGCAACGCCUCCAUUUCGUUUCACCGAACCUACAGUUCCCACAGAUAUUUUUGAUAUAACGGAAGCAGAAAUGAGUUUGGUGGGUGCGGACGAGACACCAACUACACCUAAAUUCACGGAGUCACCAGGUGUAGCAGGUUACGUAACACCGGAGCGAUUGAAGACAACACGGGACACACCACCUUCAUAUGUUCCAACAGCAUAUAGACCGAUACCGUCUCCCGGUGAAGUGAAAUCCCCUGGAUUUGAAGAUCAAUUUCUCUUCGAUGUAGGACAAGAAUCCCCACCAUUCAAAUGGACCUCACCCGGACUCAGCCCACCGGGUUCUCCAGGAGUGAAUAUGUUAACUGUUUCCGAGAUGAAGCCUGGAGCUGGUACUGUACCUAGACUUCCUUCAGAAAAUGUAUUUGGUGUUGAAAUUCUUGAUGAAAAAACACGGGAAAAAUAUAUAGAUUUUCUGUUUGGUGAAGAUGAAAAAAUGAAAGAAUUGGUAAAAAGUAUUUCUAGCAGAAAAAUGGAGCAGGAUUUGUCUGGAGAACAGAUGCCACAGUUAGCUGAAGGAGUGCAGGUACCAUCACUUGAAGGUCGCGGAGAACCGCUGUUCACAGAAUUUCGAGGCCCGUAUGUCACUGUAGCAGAUCGUAUGAAGGCUGCACGAGAAUUCAUCAGGACACAACUUCAUUCAGAGGUACCAACAUCUCGAGAUCGUUCUCCGCCACCACCAAUCCCAUCAACACCAACUCGUCCACUUGGUCCAAUGUACUUUCCUCGUCAGUUCGAAUCAGAUGGUAAUUAUCCUCGCUGGCUCUCACCAGAUCUUGACGAAAAACUUGAAGACUUAGAACGUGAUGAAGAAUUCUUCGAUCCGAAAAGGGGUGGAAUGUACUCUAGGUUCCUCAUUGUUGGAAAAACUUCUACAAGAAGAAAAGAUCUCGGCAAAUCAUUCGCUCCGAAGGCGGCUGAUAUAAUAACUGAAGAACCAGAAGAGCCACCGAAAAUACCAUCCCCACCAACUCCUCUUUCUCCUAGAACGCCACCUGUAAAAGUCUGUCCUAGAACUCCUCCACGACAAUCCCCAAUGCGAACAUCACCCGUUCCGUUGAGACCUGUAUCCCCACCACCUGGAAGAGAACCAAGUCCAGGAAGUAUUUUUGAAGAAGAGUACAUUCCUCCAAUGUAUGUGUCACCUGGAGCUGGAAUAUUGGAAGAAUCUCCCCCCAUAAUUCACGAAGAAGAUGACGAUAUAAGGAGAGACAUUGUAGAUCUAACAAAGGAGCCGUUACCCCUAACUACGGAAGAAUAUUUGAGGAGGACUCGAAUGAGAAAUGCAGCUGCAUAUGAAGAAUUAGAUAGAAUAUUAUCACCAAGUUGGUCUUCUCGAAGAGAAAGGGCUGUUCCGAAAAUUCCUUCUCCAGAGCGUGUUGCUGCAAAAAAGGUAACACCUAGACAAGCAACACCUAGGCAAGUUUCACCUAAGCAAGUAACGCCAAAACAAGCUACCCCACCCCCUGCCACAGCUGGCACACCUCGUAUAGAGAGAAGGCGACUUGAACCAAGACGUGAUCUACUCGAAGCACAAGGAGCCAAGAGAGCCAGACGAUCUCGUUUAACUGAAAGUACAGUGGGGAGAAGAAUUGAUUUCACCCAACCUGAUCCUGGUGAGCUAACUGAAGCUGACAGAUAUGCUGCAGAAGUUCUAGCUCGUAGUAAUCUGCCUCCCUUGAGUCCCCCCGAACGUCCUCCAAAGCCUAGCAUUCUAGAUACGUGGGUUCCAGCUAAUCUUCCUUCACCUAUAAGGCCACCAACUGUGGUUCAGGGAUGGAAGACACCUCCUCAUCUGGCUGAGAGGCCUAAAACCCCUCCUUCUCCUUUCCGACCUGAACUCCCCGAUGUUCAUCCAGAUCAGUGGUUCUUUGACUUACAUGAAGAACCCCCAUUUGCACCUAGUCCAGAAAGAUAUCCUGAAUAUGAAUAUGUUCCACAAACACCACCAGAAGAUAUUCCGUUCUUGGAUGAAGGUCAACCUUUCCUAGUACCCGGUGCUGAAUUUUCCCCCUCAGUAUGUGGGUCACCGGUAUGUCCUGGUGAUAUGAGCUUCAGAUCCCCUCUUAUUUCUCCCGAAAGUCCUGUAACAACACCACUGCGAGAUUUCGGUGGAGAUAUUUUCACCCCACCACCUGGGGCUGGAGAAAGGACACCAAUAACGAAAGCUGAUCAGAUUUUCCAAGAAUAUGGAAUUGUUGAUUCUCCCAUUGAAAUGGUAGAAAUACCUCCAACUCCACCUCCACCACCAACACCCUACAGUCCGCUGAGUGAUCCAGUAGAGAUGCAAAAAAUGAUGGAGAGGGUUAGAGAAGCUGAAGGACGAAGUGGUAUCAGAAAAAUGAUAACAGGAGAACCACAGGCUGAAGAAGAGGAACCCCAACAUCCAGUUUUCGCAGAGCUUCGAAGUUUCAUUCGAAGAAAAAAAGAAGCGGAAGAGCGAAGAGAGGCAAGACGAGAAAAACUAGAAAGACGACGUGUGCCCCCUAUGCCACGAAUACGAGAAUAUGUUUCUCCUGUUCCUUAUACUGAUCCUCAUGGACUUCCAUUCCCAAAAAGAGUGGUUGUACAACCUACAAGUUGGGCUGACACAUAUGUAUCUCCAGAGAUAGCCCAUGCUAGACCACUUCAAGUUGAUAGAGGAGACGAAAUGCAACGGGUCAUAGAUGAUAUUAAGCAAGGUAGGCUAGCGCAUCUUGAUGCCAUUGAAGUGGAGGGAGGUAUUUCCCCAACUUUACCACCACUACCACAACUCACUCUCGGUAUUACAACACCGGAACACUUAAAAGUUCAACCAGUGUCUCCUCUCGGGAGAAGUCAAGAAUUCCAAGCCAUUCCUAGGAGAGUGUCACCACCGCCUAGUAUGGUACCACCUUCAACCCCUGAAGAACGGUUUGAUUUGAGGUCUCCAUUUACACCACCUGCCCAGUUAUGGGCUAGUACAGUUGUCCAUUCGUUUGGAGCACAAGAUGAUUUUGGCACCGAGACGAUGGAAUUUCCACCUUCUCCUGGACAACUAUCACCCACAAGAAGUCCACCUCGAGGUUCACCUGCACGAGCAAUGUCUAUGUCUCCACGACAGGUAUUCCCCGUGACACCGUCACCUCCAGGAACGCCUGGAAAAACACUUCAAGGAACACCUGGGAGAACAACUCAAGGAACACCUGGAAAAAUACCUCAAGGAACACCUGGCAGAACACCUCAAGGGACACCUGGGAGAAUGUCUCCUGGGAGAAUAUCACCUGAAAGAACUUGCCCUGGUCGAUCGCCGUCACCUCAAGAAAUUAUUUUUGAUGAAUCGUUUCCGGGAGGUUUCACUCCACCUGGGGCGCUGUCCCCAACUGAGACACCGCAGAGGCGUGUUACUCACAGAGUAUCACAGAGAAGAAUUGUUACAAUGUUACCUACGCCAAAUAUCACACCCGGGACUCCGUAUUCAGGAGACUUAUCAGAUAGUUUUUUGGCUGAAGAUGAAGCUAACUUCAAAUGGAUGGAUAGAGAAACUUGAAGUUGAUUACAUCAAACAUUUUGUUGUUUUUAUCUGUGACUUACUUUUGUAUGAAUCAAUAGAAUUAAAUGAAAAAUGGUU